AUGUCCAUUUGGCUAGCAAACAACCUUGAUUUUUUAAAAUUUAUUGUGGACUGCAGCUCACGGCAACAAGCACUUCUGGCUGCGCACUCGGUGAAGCUACGGCAGGAAUGCGACAUCGGACUGCAGGUUGGAUGCCCGAGCGAGGCCGACGGGGAGCCGUGGGUGUCCUGCUCCCGGGUCGCCUGCUCGGUCACCAUCCGUAAGACCUGGUUCAUUGGAGCUCUGUACAAGCGCGUAGACUGCCUGGAAGCGGACGGUAAAAUGGUGAAGGUUGAGUACCAGAAGCAAGGGAGACUGUCGUGCUCUCUCGUUCCCAUCCAGACAAACUCAGAUCUCCUUCAGGCCUACCUGAGCCCUGCCAACUCGACGUGUGAGCCUUCCGUGCCCACUUCAGGUGCCCCCGCCUCGGAAACCUCAGGUGCCCCCGCCUCGGAAACCUCAGGGGCCCCCGCCUCGGAAACCUCAGGGGCCCCCGCCUCGGAAACCUCAGGGGCCCCCGCCUCGGAAACCUCAGGGGCCCCCGCCUCGGAAACUUCAGGUGCUGCCGCCACAGCAGCCUCCAGCGAAGAAGCCCCCAGCACCUCCGCCUCGACCACCGCGGCGCCCACCACAACCGCCGCCGCCACGGAACCUCCACCGACACCGCCUUCGUGUCCCGUCGGCUGGACGUCCUUCGGGUCCUCGUGCUUCCUCGUGAGCGACGAGUCCGGGACCUAUGGCGACGGCUGGAAUUUCUGCCGGGAGCGGGGGGGCGUCCUGGCCUCCGUCAGGAGCCAGGAGGAACAGGAUUUCGUGGCGGGCCUCCUGCCGGGCUCCGCGUGGAUCGGGCUGAGCGACGGCGUGGCGGAGGGGACCUUCGUGUGGGCGGACGCCUCGACGUCGCCCUAUACGAAGUCGGUGCAGGAAUCUCUCUUAACAGGAGGCCAAACAGCCCAGGCUUUCUUCCACACGCACGAGCCGAGCGGGUCGGGCGGCCACGCGGACGAGGACUGCGUGGAGCUGCGCGCCGCCUUCGCCUUUGCCUGGAACGACGAGUGGUGCGGCACGCGCAACCGCCUUCUCGUAGCUAGCAUGUCCCUCCCCGAGGUUUCCGUAUCUACUUCUCUACUUUCGCAGCAUAACACAAUAUCGUCUGCAAACAUUAUAGACCACGGCGCUCCUUUCCUAAGCCCAUCAGUUAACUUAUCCAUGAUAACAGCAAACAAGAACGGAGUCAUGACGAUCAACAGAUACGUCGGCAACACAAUACCAAAGGCAGUAAAGCCCGAGGAGAAAUCUGGGACUGGAGUGCCUAAGCAAUUAGUCGUUAAUUUCUGCUUCGUUCUGACAAAUUCCGCAACAGCACAGCUGGCAUCUUGCGAAGAGGUCGUCGAAGUGUCCCUCACUCAGGAGUGCGAAGUCGACAUUUCGAUCGCCUACCCCCCUAAUACACCUGAUCAGGAACCCGCAGUCACUUGCUCUACUGUCUGUUCAGCAUCUGAGAUCCAGACAUGGUUCGUGGGGUCGUUGUACCGCAGGGCGAACAAACUUAAAACUGAAUAUGGACUGAUGGUGAAAGUGGACUACGACAUGAACAACAUGCUGUCCUGUUCUCUCGUUCCCUUCCGGCAAAAUCCAAAACUGCUGGCAGAGUACGAAGAACGCAACAAAGAGUGCACUACUGCAGCGCCAACCACUACAGCAGAACCAACUACUAUAGCGCCAACCACUACACCCGAACCUACUACUGUAGCGCCAACCACUACAGCCGAACCAACUACUGUAGCGCCAACCACUACAGCCGAACCAACUACUGUAGCGCCAACCACCACAGCCGAACCAACCAAAGCAGCGCCAACCACUACAGCCGAACCAACUACUGUAGCGCCAACCACUACAGCCGAACCAACUACUGUAGCGCCAACCACCACAGCCGAACCAACCAAAGCAGCGCCAACCACUACAGCCGAACCAACUACUGUAGCGCCAACCACCACAGCCGAACCAAUUACUGUAGCGCCAACCACCACAGACGAACCAACUACUGUAGCGCCAACCACCACAGACGAACCAACUACUGUAGCGCCAUCCACCACAGCCGAACCAACUACUGUAGCGCCAUCCACCACAGCCGAACCAACUACUGUAGCACCAACCACUACAGCCGAACAAACUACUGUAGCGCCAACCACCACAGACGAACCAACUACUGUAGCGCCAACCACCACAACCGAACCAACUACUGUAGCGCCAACCACUACAGCCGAACCAACCACAGCAGCGCCAACCACCACAGCCGAACCAACUACUGUAGCACCAACCACUACAGCCGAACAAACUACUGUAGCGCCAACCACCACAGACGAACCAACUACUGUAGCGCCAACCACCACAGCCGAACCAACUACUGUAGCGCCAACCACUACAGCCGAACCAACCACAGCAGCGCCAACCACCACAGCCGAACCAACUACUGUAGCGCCAACCACUACAGCCGAACCAACCACAGCAGCGCCAACCACAACAGUCGAACCAACUACAACCAAAACCACGGCCGCCGUUAAGACUACCACAGACAUGUUAUCCACAUAUGACUGCUUAUGCUCAGAUGAGCAGUCUACAGCUGCACCAGCUACAACAGCUGCACAAACCACCUCAGACAUAUUGUCCACAUACGAUUGUUUAUGUUUAGACGAGCAGUCCACGGCUGCACCCCCAAUCACAGCUGCAUCAACAACCACAUCUGCGCCAACAACCACAGCUGCACCAAUAACUACAGCUGCUCCAGCAACUACAGUUGCACCAACUGCCACAGCUAGCUGCACCAACAUCUACAGCUGCACCACCAACAACAGCUGCACCAACAACUACAGCUGCACCAACAACCACAGCUCUGCACCAACAACCACAGCUGCACCAACAACUACAGCUGCACAAACAACAACAGCUGCACCAACAACUACAGCUGCACCAACAACCACAGCUGCACCAACAACCACAGCUGCACCAACAACCACAGCUGCACCAACAACCACAGCUGCACCAACAACCACAGCUGCACCCACUACCACAGCUGCACCAACAUCUACAGCUGCACCACCAACAACAGCUGCACCAACAACUACAGCUGCACCCACUACCAGAGCUGCACCAACAUCUACAGCUGCACCAACAACCACAGCUGCACCAACAACCACAGCUGCACCAACAACCACAGCUGCACCAACAACCACAGCUGCAUCAACAACCACAGCUGCACCAACAACCACAGCUGCACCAACAACAACAACUGCACCAACAACCACAGCUGCACCUACUACCAGAGCUGCACCAACAACAACAGCUGCACCCACUACCACAGCUGCACCAACUACCACAGCUGCACCCACUACAAGAGCUGCACCAACAUCUACAGCUGCACCAACAACCACAGCUGCACCAACAACCACAGCUGCACCCACUACAAGAGCUGCACCAACAUCUACAACUGCACCAACAACCACAGCUGCACCAACAACCACAGCUGCACCAACAACCACAGCUGCACCAACAACCACAGCUGCACCCACUACCACAGCUGCACCAACAACCACAGCUGCACCCACUACCACAGCUGCACCAACAACCACAGCUGCACCCACUACCACAGCUGCGCCAACAACCACAGCUGCACCAACAACCACAGCUGCACCCACUACCACAGCUGCACCAACAACCACAGCUGCACCCACUACCAGAGCUGCGCCAACAACCACAGCUGCACCAACAACCACAGCUGCACCAACAACCACAGCUGCACCCACUACCACAGCUGCACCAACAACCACAGCUGCACCAACAACCACAGCUGCACCAACAACCACAGCUGCACCAACAACCACAGCUGCACCAACAACCACAGCUGCACCAACAACCACAGCUGCGCCAACAACCACAGCUGCGCCAACAACCACAGCUGCACCCACUACAACCGCUGCACCUACUACUAUACCAACUACUUCUACGACUGUUACAACCACAACCACACCUACCACAACACCUACAACCACCACCACAACGACCACCACAACAACCACACCUACCACAACACCUACAACCACCACCACAACCACCACCACAACAACCACCACGACCACCACGACGACCCAGCCGCCCACGACCACGGCGUGGGUGUGUCCCAGCGGCUGGUCUCUCUACGGCUACUCCUGCUACCACGCGAGCAGCUCCAGCGGGUCCUGGGCGGCGGGGAGGAGCUACUGCAGCGGGCGGGGCGGGUCCUACGUCAAGAUCAGUAGCUACAACGAGUGGCUGUUCCUCAGAGGGACCCUCUCGGCCGACACGUGGAUCGGCCUCAACGACCGAGCCAGCGAGGGCAGGUACAGGUGGGACGCCGACAACAGCGGGGCUUCGUAUACCAAGUGGGCCAGGGGCCAGCCGGACAACGACCGGCCGUGGUACCAGCUGUGGUGGGGCGACGGCGAGGACUGCGUGAUGAUGCUCAAGUCUUCAGGCUACUACUGGAACGACGCAGAUUGUGACAACAACUACCGAUUCGCCUGCGAGCGGCCCGCCUCGAUCACCAGGGGCUGA